UCAAAAGGGGGCAGGCGUUGGACAAGUCUGUGUACUCCCAUUCAUGUUGAGUGUAUAGCAGUCUCCGCCGACAGCCAGGCCGUGUCACAUCCUGGUCAAAACAGAAAGCUCUGCUCUCUCUGACUGAUAGAAAGGGUCGUGACCCUGCACAGUAGUAGCCACCAUGGCAGAAGCUCACCAGGCGGUGGCCUUCCAGUUCACCGUCACCCCAGAUGGCAUUGACCUACAGCUGUGCCACGAGGCUCUACGCCAGAUCUACCUCUCUGGCCUCCACUCCUGGAAGAAAAGGUUCAUUCGCUUCAAGAAUGGGGUCAUGACUGGCGUGUACCCGGGCAGCCCUGCUGGGUUCAUGGUUGUGGUUGUGUCCUACAUGUCCUACAAUAAAUACAACCAGCUGGAUCCCUCUCUGGGGUUGAUCGCCAAGCUGGGUCAACACAUACCCAUCAGUCGGUACAUGUCUACAGACAGCCAGAGGAUAGUUGGAGGAGUUCUGGUGGGCACGGGCCUGUGGGUCACCAUAAUCAUGAUUAUGAGGAAUGUCCUAAAGUGCCUGUUGUCGUGGCACGGCUGGAUGCACGCUCGCCACGGCUCUGUGUCCUGGUCUACUCGUCUGUGGAUGGUAUUAGUGAAGGUGUUCUCUGGCAGGAAGCCAAUGCUCUACAGUUUCCAGAACUCCCUGCCACGACUACCUCUUCCCACUAUCAAGGACACCUGCCAAAGGUAUCUGGAGUCAGUGCGCCCACUGAUGGAUGAUGAGCAGUAUGAACGGAUGACCGGUUUGACUAAAGACUUUGAGAAGAACCUGGGACCCAGACUGCAGUGGUACCUCAAACUCAAGUCCUGGUGGGCCUCCAACUAUGUCAGUGACUGGUGGGAAGAGUACAUUUACCUCAGAGGCCGUGGGCCCAUCAUGGUCAACAGCAACUAUUAUGCCAUGGAUUUCCUGUAUGUGUUUCCCACCUCGAUCCAGGCAGCCAGGGCAGGUAAUGCCAUCCAUGCUAUCAUGCUCUACAGGAGAAAACUGGACAGAGCUCAGAUCAAACCAAUAUACUUGUUGGCGAACAAGGUUCCUCUGUGUUCGGCUCAGUGGGAGCGGAUGUUUAACACCACUCGCGUCCCUGGUUUGGAGACAGACACCAUUCAGCACAUGAACGAGAGCAAACACAUAGCUGUGUACCAUAAGGGCCGUUUCUACAAGGUGUGGAUGUUUUAUGAUGGACGGCUGCUGUUGCCACGGGAGAUAGAGCAGCAGAUGGAAAGGAUCUUGGCCGACAAGUCGGAGCCAUUGCCAGGAGAGGAGAAACUAGCCGCACUAACUGCAGGGGAGAGGACUCCAUGGGCCAAAGCUCGUGAAGCCUUCUUCAGCCGUGGUAGGAACAAGCAAUCUCUGGACGCCAUUGAGAAGGCAGCCUUCUUUGUAACCCUCGAUGACACCGAGCAGCGCUAUGAUGCAGCCAACCCAGUCAAGUCUCUGGACAGUUAUGCGAAGUCCCUGCUCCACGGAAAGUGCUACGACAGGUGGUUUGAUAAAUCCUUUAACCUGAUCGUGUUCAAGAAUGGCACCAUGGGACUGAACGCAGAGCAUUCCUGGGCUGACGCUCCAAUCAUUGGCCAUCUCUGGGAGCAUGUUCUUUCUAUGGACCCUGUAAAGUUGGGAUACACUGAGGAGGGUCACUGCCGUGGGGAGCCCCACCCCAACCUGCCAGGACCUCAGAGGCUGUCGUGGGACCUCUCAACUGAGUGCCAGGAGGUCAUCGAGAGCUCUCUUUCAGUAGCCAAGCCUCUGGCCGAUGAUGUGGACUCUCAUAUUUUCCCCUUCAAUGACUUUGGCAAAGGCCUGAUCAAGAAGUGCCGCACCAGUCCUGAUGCCUUCAUCCAGAUCGCCCUACAGCUGGCCCAUUACAGGGACAAAGGGAAGUUCUGCCUGACCUACGAAGCCUCUAUGACGCGUUUGUUCCGUGAGGGCCGAACAGAAACUGUGCGUUCCUGCACCAUGGAGACUUGUGCCUUUGUCCGUGCCAUGAUCAGAGAUGAGACAAGAGAAGAGCGUCUCAUGUUGCUCAAACAGGCGGCAGAGAAGCACCAGAACAUGUACCGCCUGGCGAUGACAGGACAGGGCAUCGAUCGCCACCUUUUCUGUCUCUAUGUGGUCUCUAAAUACCUGGGAGAGGACUCACCCUUCCUCAAGGAGGUCCUGUCUGAGCCAUGGAGGCUGUCCACCAGUCAGACGCCACUGCAGCAGCUUGAGCUGUUCGAUCUGGUCAAACACCCUGAGUAUGUGUCCUCCGGCGGCGGAUUUGGUCCAGUGGCUGAUGAUGGUUAUGGUGUCUCCUACAUCAUUGUUGGUGAGAACCUCAUCAACUUCCACAUCUCCAGCAAACACUCGAGCUCAGAAACUGACUCCCACCGUUUUGGCACCAACAUCAGACAGGCUAUGCUUGACAUACUGGAUCUCUUCCAGCUUGACAAGAAAACCAAGUGAUCGCCCUCUCUAUGAGUGGAAUAAGCAUAUGGUUUUAGCAACAGAUGUAUUCUUCCUGAAGCUUGUACAGAAUCAAAUAUUGGAUUUUUGGGUUAUUUUUAAGUUAAUUGAUGUUACAGAUAUAAGGAUGAUUAUGUGUCAAUAUGUUUGUGAGGCGUUUAUGUGCACUGUAUGUAUGGGCAAGGUGAGAUUCCGGUGUUUUUGGGUACAGGUAGUGCACAGAACAAAGUCUUUAUCCACAGGACUGUUUGCACGGGUGCCUUAGUGAGAGGGCAGAAAGGGAGGGAGAAAUUAGAGCACUAGUCUGAUAUCAAGUCUGUAUUUCUACAAGAGACUUUUCAGCUAAAGGAUUGUUCAGUAGCAUCAUCCAGUAUGAAUUUUAAGUUGAGAGAUGGUGCAAUAUUUUUUAAUAGUUUUGUCCCAGUUAUUUUAGUCUUUUAGGUUUCUUCUGGUCUUUCCAACUGCAGCACCUGAGUUGUGUGUAACUGGCCAAAAGCAACAACGUGAUGCUAAAUAUCAUCAACAAAUUGCUUGUUGCAUGAUGUUCAUUAAUUUCAUAUGGCUUUGAACAGUUGUAUCCUGUAAUCUUACAUCUACGGAAGCCAGAAGGAGUCAAGCUGUUGAUCUAUAAUCACACAAAUCACAAACAUUCAGCCCUGUAUCAAUGCAAUCCUGGAUCCCAACACAAGACAGGGAGCGUUUCAAUCAACGGAUCAACAUUGCCUUUCUGACUCAAGUGCACAGCCGCUGUGUUUGUCCUUCUCAGCUGCUACCGUGAAACAACAUAGCGAUGAAGGCAGAUCAUUGUUGUGUGUGCGUGUUGGUCAUUUUCAUACUCAGGUUU